AUCAUCCCCUCACCUCUCUCUCCCUCAUUUCUCUCGGCCAGAACCAACCCCAGCAAGAAAAGAAAAUCCCCAUCCUCCCUUUUCCCAUCCUUGAAGAGAGCUCAAGCAAUAGAAGUCCAAGGGGAAAGAUUAAAAGGAGAAAAAGCUAGGAAAAGUGAGAAAGAUUAAGGAACUUGAUUAAAGUAUUUUUGAGCUUCGCCGGAGUUUCGCCGGAGUUGGUCAAAGUUCGCCGGAGUUGGUCAAAGUUCGCCGGAAUUAGUCAAAGUUCAACCAAGAAGCGUAGAACGCGCUCAAGCUCACUUAAGUUUCAGGUAGGGAGUGAAGCUUGCUGCCAUCACCGUUGCUCGGGUAGGAUCCAAGAAGAGGAGUCGUGAAAUGGAGCCAAUUGGAAGGAUCACUAGGAGGAACCCGAUGGGCCGUGUACCGGGUGGGUCCGAACGCGGCGGUCGGGGGUCCACUAGGGUGUCCAGGGGAAGGGGCCGUGGAGGCCAACAACAAACCGUGAGCGAUGGCCACGUGGACACUGAGAGUGAGACUUAUUGGUCCUAUGAGGACUCAACCUAUAGGCCGGAAACCGAGCCGGUGGAAACCCCAUAUGAUGGGGAAGAUGACGAUGUAAGUGAAGAGAGUGAAGACGAUGGCACUCUUGGGAGGAUCGAGGCGCUGCUCCAACAAUACCACCGGGAGCGCGAAGAGAGGAGACAACGCCGAAGGCGCCGAACGGGGCAACCUUCGGGCAUGGCUUCGAGAGGAGGAAGCCAAGGUGCUUCUAGAGUCCAUGUUGAACCACAUGGAGGCCAAAAUGUGGGAGGUCCAACCAUAAGGAUCUCCAAAUUUAUCAAAGAAGCACGAGAUUUGGGAUGUAAACCGUUUGAUGGAACGGGAGACAUCUCCGUUGCGGCCGAAUGGAUCAAAAGAUUCAACGAGGCGGCCCUUGACAUGCAGCUGCCACCCAUCAUGAAACUGAGGGUGGCAACAAGAUUGCUCGAAGGCAUGGCGUCCACGUGGUGGGACGGGGUCAAAGGGAAAUACGGCGAAGCCGUCACAUGGGAGAACUUUCGGCAGGAGUUCUUCAACCAAUACUACUCCGACUUCGAGGUAAACAUGAAGAGGAGGGAGUAUACGAACUGGACACAGGGAGGCGCAUGUACGGUGAAGGAACUUGAGCACAAGUUCAGAAAGCUUGCCGAAUUCAUACCGGAGUACAUAUGUGAUGAGAACCGGAUGGUGAACCACUUCUGGGAUGCCUUAGACCUUGACAUACGCGAGAGGGCAACACAAUUGCCUAAUAUGACGUUUAGUCAAGUGGUUGAACAAGGCCUGAAGGGAGAGAAGGAGUGGGAGGAAAGAAAGCGGAGGAACGCCGAUGAGGCGAAGAAGAGGAAGUGGGAAAGCCAUGGCCCACAAGGUUCUAACAAAAAGGGGAACCACGGGGGAGGAGGAUCGUUCAGGGCACCGGCGCCGCCAUCCAAGGGAAACUCGGCUUUCGGCGGGCACAACUCGGGCUCACAAGCCUCGACAGCGCCCAGGUGCCGAAAUUGCAACAGGAGCCACGCCGGUAAGUGUCGUGACCCUCCUCGGUGCUACCAAUGUGGAGACACGGGGCAUCUUAAACCAAAUUGCCCUCAACUUGGUGGAAACCGAGGGGCGGGAUCAAGCGGCGCUACUACGGCAAGUAGAAGUCGGACCGGAGCACCCCAUGCUAGUACGGGGCAGGGGGGAGCGAGCGCCAGCAACGCGCCGUCCGUGAAUCAAGGAAGGACGCAAGCUAGAGUCUACGCAAUGACCGAGGCCGAUGCUCGGGCCAAUCCCGACUCCGUUGCAGGUAAUACACGUAUUCCCAUGUAUUUCUAGGCUUGCAUUGAUCAUAUACGUCGUAGGGAUUGAGUGCGGGCCACCCCGGGGUCAAAACCGGGCAAGUUAGGCCAAAUCAGCUGGAAACAGCCACUGCCGGCCAGGCACGCUCGCAGGCACGCCGUGCCUGGCAUCGUGCCUGGAAGGCAGUGGCAACCGGAAGAUUUUUGGCCAGGCACGGUCGCAGGCACGCCGUGCCUGGCACCGUGUCUGGAAGGCAGUGGCACCCGAAGAAGAGAAAAAAAAAAAAAAAAAAAAAAAAAAAAAAAAAAAAAAAAAAAUUGGGCCAGGCACGGCCGCAGGCACGCCGUGCCUGGCGUCGUGCCUGGAAGACAGUAGCGUCCGAGGUAUUUUUGGCCAGGCACGGCCGAAGGCACGCCGUGCCUGGCAUCGUGCCUGGCCGGCAGUGGCAAGCAGGAAGGAUCCGAUGCACGCACGGCCGUGCGUGCCACCCAGGCACGCCGUGCGUGGACCCCAGAACCCGGAAAUCGGAUUUUUCCGCCCCGUUCUUCUACGUUUGGACCCCCGUUUGAUUCCAAACCUUAGUAUUGACUUAAUAACCUCCUAAAGAUGUGUAAAAACAUUAGAAAAUGUAUCUUACAUGGUGUAUAAAUGUAGGAACAUUAAAGAUCAACGGUAGGUGUGCGAGGAUCCUCAUCGAUACCGGGGCACAACGCUCAUUUGUGAGUGAGGCGUUCGCCGAGGGACUUGACGUGCCGUUGACACCUAUGACGCAAACGUUGCUAGUCUCCACACCGUUAGGGGACGAUGUGGAGAGAAAUCAUUACUAUCCAUCAUGUGAGGUGGAAGUGACGGGUCAACCCUUGACUUGUGAUUUCGUACCCCUAAGCAUGUUGGAGUUCGAUGCAAUCCUAGGAAUGGAUUGGCUUGAGAAGCACCAUGCUCGAGUAGAUUGCUACACCAAGGUGUUGGAACUCGAGGAUGAGCAAGGAAACACGCUAUGUUUCGAAGGAGAUCGGGGGAAAUCAAAUGUUUGCAUCAUAUCCGUGAUGAGAGCACGGAAGAUGAUGAGAAAGGGGUGCCACGCAUACCUUGCUUACGUGGUAGAUGAUACGAAGAAAGAAGUCGACAUCAAGGAUGUUCGAGUCGUGUGCAAGUACCCGGACGUCUUUCCCAAGGACCUACCGGGGCUUCCACCCGAUAGAGAGAUUGAAUUUGUAAUCGAAGUGGAGCCGGGAACCAAACCCAUUACGAUUCCUCCUUAUCGAAUGGCACCGGCCGAACUUCAAGAGUUGAAGGUCCAACUACAAGAACUAUUGGACAACGGGUUCAUCAGACCCAGUCAUUCACCGUGGGGAGCACCCGUACUAUUCGUAAAGAAGAAAGAUGGUACACUAAGAAUGUGUAUUGACUACCGACAGUUGAACAAGGUCACCAUCAAGAACAGGUAUCCCUUACCGAGGAUUGAUGACUUGUUCGACCAACUUCGAGGGGCAAUAGUGUUCUCGAAGAUUGACUUGAGGUCGGGGUAUCAUCAGUUGAAGAUCAAGGAGAGUGACAUACCUAAGAGUGCAUUUCGCACUAGAUAUGGUCAUUACGAAUUCCUUGUGAUGUCGUUUGGUUUAACCAACGCACCGGCGGCAUUCAUGGACUUGAUGAACCGUGUGUUUAGUGAAUACUUAGAUCAAUUCGUGAUAGUAUUCAUUGACGACAUCUUGAUAUACUCCAAGAGCGAGGAGGAGCACGAACACCAUUUGAGGCUUGUACUUGAUCGGUUAAGGGAAAAGCAACUCUUUGCCAAGUUCUCAAAAUGCGAAUUUUGGCUCAAAGAGAUUGGUUUCCUCGGUCAUGUCAUAUCCGGUUCGGGCGUUGCCGUGGACAACGCCAAGAUUAAAGCUAUUAUGGAUUGGGAGAGACCCAAGAAUGUGAAAGAGAUACGUAGUUUCCUUGGCUUAGCGGGAUACUAUCGUAAAUUUGUGGAAAAAUUCUCCGUAUUGGCGUCUCCAUUAACGAAGCUCACAAAGAAAGGGGCCAAGUACAUAUGGGACGACAAGUGUGAGAAAGGGUUCCUUGAACUGAAGAAACGACUUACCGAAGCACCAGUACUAGCCCUACCUAUACAGGGGAUAGGGUAUGAUAUCUACAGUGAUGCUAGCAUCCAAGGGCUUGGAUGUGUACUGAUGCAAAACGGUCGGGUGAUUGCCUAUGCUUCUAGGCAAUUGAAGAAACACGAGGCGAACUACCCUACCCACGAUCUAGAGUUGGGGGCGGUAGUGUUUGCACUAAAGAUUUGGAGGCAUUACCUCUAUGGGGAGACAUGUCACAUUUUUACCGAUCAUAAGAGCCUGAAGUACGUAUUCACUCAGAAAGAGUUGAACAUGAGACAAAGGAGAUGGAUGGAGUUGAUCAAGGACUAUGACUUGAUCAUCGACUAUCAUCCCGGAAAGGCCAAUGUAGUGGCCGAUGCACUGAGCAGGAAGGGUACGUCGGGGACAUUACUCACAUGUCUACGAACUUUGAGGGCACAAGUGGAGGUGUCCACGAGUGGGGUCCUCAUUGCUAGAUUCGAGGUUAGACCUACCUUGCUGGGUGAGAUCAGUAGAUGUCAGGCUAUUGAUGAAGAAUGUCAGAAGAUCCGGGAGAGGAUCCUUGAAGGGCCCGUGGAGAACUUUCGAGUACGUGACGACGGUCUUUUACUGUUUAAGGACCGGGUAUGCAUACCAAAGAGUGAGGAGCUCCAAAAGUCUAUACUAGAGGAGGCUCAUUCUUCGGCAUAUGCUAUGCAUCCAGGAGGUACUAAAAUGUACCGAGACUUGAAGGAAAGUUACUGGUGGUCGGGUAUGAAGAGGGAUAUCGCAGAGUACGUGAGCCGAUGCCUUACUUGCCAGCAAGUUAAGGCGGAGCACCAGCACCCGGCAGGGCUUUUGCAGCCACUGUCCAUUCCGGAAUGGAAGUGGGAACAUGUGACCAUGGACUUCGUGGUGGGGCUACCACGAACGGUGAACAACUACGAUGCAGUAUGGGUAGUGGUUGAUAGGCUCACCAAGAGUGCACACUUUUUGCCUAUCAACAUUACUUAUCCUCUUGAAAGAUUGGCAAAGCUAUACACGGAGGAGAUUGUGAGACUACAUGGAGUCCCGAUAUCCAUUGUCUCGGAUAGGGAUCCACGAUUCACAUCUCGAUUUUGGCCCAAGUUUCAAGCAUCUUUGGGUACUAAACUGAAGUUUAGCACAGCUUUUCAUCCACAGACGGAUGGGCAAUCCGAGAGGGUGAUACAGAUUUUAGAAGAUAUGCUUAGGGCAUGUGCUUUGGAGUUCCAGGGGAGUUGGGACAAACAUUUGGCUCUAGUAGAGUUCGCCUAUAACAAUAGUUAUCAGGCGAGUAUUGGCAUGCCUCCAUAUGAGGCAUUGUAUGGGAGGAAAUGCAGGACACCGUUGUGUUGGGACGAGGUUGGCGAGGCCAAGCUCGAAGGGAUUGAACUUGUUGAAAUCACCAAGGCUAAGGUGAAAGUCAUCCAGGAUAGACUCAAGGCUGCCCAAGAUCGGCAGAAGAGUUAUGCCGACAAACGACGAAGGCCAUUGGAGUUCGAGGUCGGUGAUAAGGUCUUCCUAAGGAUUUCCCCUUGGAAGGGUAUCAUCCGAUUUAUAACGAGGGGAAAACUCAACCCCCGAUACAUUGGCCCAUUUGAAAUUCUUGAAAGGAUAGGGGCUGUGGCAUACCGUCUGAAGUUGACGCCAGAACUUGAGAAGAUACACGACGUGUUUCACGUAUCGAUGCUCAAGAAAUACGUGAGAGAUCCAUCUCAUAUUCUUGAGAAGCCACCGGUAGAGAUACGUGAAGAUCUACAAUAUGCAGUAGAACCGGUGGAGAUUGUCGGGCAACAAGUGAAGAAAUUGAGGAACAAGGAGAUUCCAAUGGUGAAGGUUCUUUGGAGGAGUGAUCGAGUCGAAGAAGAAACCUGGGAGACGGAGGUCUCAAUGAGGGAGCAAUACCCGUUUCUUUUCGAUUAGACACGUGGAUUUCGGGGACGAAAUCCCAAAUAAGGGGGGGUGAACUUGUAACACCGUCCCCAAAUGUAUUUACUUUUAAGUGAAUAAUAUAUUGAACCUUGUAUAAUGGUUAAUGAGAAUAUGAAGUUGUGAAUCUUUAUUAAUUAUUUUGCGUGAAUAGUAAAUUCGCACGUGGGGCCCACACCGGGAGCGGGGGCCGCCCGAUAUCCCCGAGACCGUACAUUUUAUUCAUCUUGGUCAAUAUAAUAUUUAUAUAGUGGUGUAUAACUCAUUGGUCCAAAGAGGUGAUAUAGAGUUGACCGGUUGAUCAAAAAAGGGCCAAAUACCGGUACUAGUAAUUUAACCGAUAGGAGCCCGAAAUUGAAUUUCGGGGACUUAUAAAUUAAAGUUGGGAAAUGUAUAUUCAUUAUAAAGGGUAUAAUGAUUAAGAACACAUAAUAUAUUUUAUUUGACCCGAUAAAAUGAAAUAUAUUUAAAACAGUCCGAAAAAUACAACUUUCGGGACAAAGUGUACACUUCUGGACAAAAGGGGUUGACCUCCCACAUGGGUGGGGGCCAACCCACGAAAUUAGACACAUUUUUUCAUGCCUUGGCCGGAUGGGUGGUGGAAGGGGCAUGGGUGAUGUGUGUGAAGUGAAAGAAGAAGCAUCAAACAAAAAAAGGGGGACCACAUCCACCCCAUUUGAUCUUUGAGACAAAAGAUCAUCCCCUCACCUCUCUCUCCCUCAUUUCUCUCGGCCAGAACCAACCCCAGCAAGAAAAGAAAAUCCCCAUCCUCCCUUUUCCCAUCCUUGAAGAGAGCUCAAGCAAUAGAAGUCCAAGGGGAAAGAUUAAAAGGAGAAAAAGCUAGGAAAAGUGAGAAAGAUUAAGGAACUUGAUUAAAGUAUUUUUGAGCUUCGCCGGAGUUUCGCCGGAGUUGGUCAAAGUUCGCCGGAGUUGGUCAAAGUUCGCCGGAAUUAGUCAAAGUUCAACCAAGAAGCGUAGAACGCGCUCAAGCUCACUUAAGUUUCAGGUAGGGAGUGAAGCUUGCUGCCAUCACCGUUGCUCGGGUAGGAUCCAAGAAGAGGAGUCGUGGUUCGUGCCUCUUCAGAUUCCAUUUUUUUCAAACAUCUUAAUUAAUGCUCAUGGAUAAUGUUUUUCUAUUGAAUAUUUAAUGGGGGCUUGUAUGCCCAUGUUUGCCAAAGUGUGGCAUGAACACUUGUACCAAAUGUUUCCGCUGCUUUGAAUGAAUAUUUUACAUUAUGUUUGUUUAUGGAUGUACUAUGCGUGAAUGAUAUCCCAG